GUCUUUGCAAUAACUGAAUUUCCUUGAACAAUCUAAGCGUUAUUCUUCUGAUUAAAUUUGUGUAAAAUAUUAGCAAAUUUUAAUAUGUAUUUUGAAAACGUGGAAAUAUUUCAUACAGAGUUAGGGCCCGGGUCCCAUUAUUAAAGCCGUCCCUGAUGCAAAUUUAAAACAUGGCUGAGAACUCCGAAAAACAUAACUCUAUGAUAAUAUUCGAGAAAUCAAAUAUUAUAUCGAGAUUCGUUCUAAGAUAAAAUGAUUUCCAAUCUGGACAGUAAUAUAUUUGAUAAAAAAUGAUUUUAAAAAAUGUUACACGACUAGAAAUUAUACAGGCAAAAUUGUGAAAAUUCGGGUGCAACGAGAGAUUCAGUUGCUGUAAACACGCUUCCGAUCGACUGCUGCAAUUUUCACGAAACCUGGCUCAGCGGCACACACCCCCUUGUAGAAAAUUGUAAAUAACUAUAAUUUAAGGACUCGGAAAGGAUACGCCAGCACGAAAGGAUGCUUUACUUGGAAGAUUAUGUUGAAAUGAUCGAGCAUCUCCCACAGGAGUUGAGGGACCGUUUUACUGAAAUGAGGGAGAUGGACUUAGGUGUUCAAAACUCGAUGGACAGUUUGGAAAAGAAGGUGAAAACCUUCUUCUCCAACGCCAAGAAAAUGAAACCUAGCGAGAAGGAUGCGGAAUACGAAACAAUUAGGAAAGAGUAUUACAAGACAUUAGAGGAUGCGGAUGAAAAGGUGCACCUAGCAAACCAGAUGUACGACUUGGUGGAUAGAUAUCUAAGAAGAUUAGAUCAAGAACUGCACAAAUUUAAAAUGGAGCUCGAGGCUGAUAACAAGGGCAUUACUGAAGUUUUGGAAAAGCGCUCCUUGGAAUUAGAUCAGCCGCCUACGAAUAGUAGUCAAAAGGAAAAUCGUUAUAGCUUUACACCAAGUAGAUCCCGUGACAAUCACAGUCAUUGUAAGUCAAUUCGCACCAGCAUAUUGGAAACUAAUAUCAAAAAGUAUUAUUCACAUAACCAAAUUAUAUCUCCUUCUUCAGCAGCACGAGCAGAAAAGAGGAGAGACUCAAAUGCAUCGUCCGCAUCAAUAGAGAAACGUUUAGCGGUAGAAAAAAUUCCUCCGAGUCUUCCUGAGUCUCGACCAGCAUCAGCCAAUUCUGGUCCCAUUAUUGCUGCCACAAACCUACCACCAACCCCUAACGCAAUUGCCAACUCAGUCGGUUCAGUCAGCUAUAAUCUUGGCCAUAUUGGUGCAGGUGGUAAUGCCAUUGCAGCAGCAGCUUCGCAAGCGAUUGCUGCCACGCAGCAGAUGCAACAAGGAAGACGAACUGCAAGUCUGAAAGCUAGUUAUGAAGCCAUCAACACUGGUGGGGUCCAUGCAGCUGAGUUCAGUAGAGAAUUGGCCGGCGCCGCUCAAACUGCCAUAGCAGCUAUUCAAGAAACAACUAAAAAGCAUAAGAAAAAAGUAACAACUACUGUUCCCAGCUCAAGUGUUAUUACUGCCGCAGUUCAGCAACCUGUUUCACCGCCAGUAGUGACCGCACCUGUUGCGGGUACAGAUCCAGAUAAUCCAGAUUGGACCUACGACCCUAAUGAGCCAAGAUAUUGUAUUUGUAAUCAGGUAUCUUAUGGAGAUAUGGUCGCCUGUGACAACUCUGAUUGUCCAUUCGAAUGGUUCCAUUAUCCAUGUGUGGGCAUAACAGCUCCACCAAAGGGCAAGUGGUACUGUCCUCAGUGUACAUCUUCUAUGAAGAGACGUGGAGGACGGAAAAACUGAUUGCGGUAUAAUCAAUCGAAUAAUAAUAAAAAAGGAUUGCUACUACCUCUUAGGUACUGUCUGUUGAAUAUCAGCUUACAUAGGAAACUGUCAACUCUGAUUUCAUAUGACUUUUUAAUUGCGUUUAUAAUUUAAGAAGUGGUGAUUGCGUCGUUAACUCCAGGCUUUUGUUUUAAGUGCAGCAAGACAGGAUGACUUUAGGCAAAUAGUUUCGAUUUGCCGUCUGUUUCUCUUCUUUUACGUCUAAACGGGACAAUAGGAUAGAUGGUGUUACUUAUGAUCCAUGUGUUAUAUAUGCGUUUUCGCAUUCAAUUUUACGUGAGGGAAGACUGUUUUUUGAAAAGCCAGGAACCUUUCGUGGCGUCAAUGUCCUUUUGCACCGUUCUGAACUGAGCUGAGUGUAAUGAAUUUUUCAUAUUACUUUCCCUAGUUCUUUUUGCAAAAGGAGAACGGAUCAAAAGCAUUCUUUUACGAUCUGAAAUCGAGGAUGCGAUCCUAAAAUUGUUCCUGUUUAUGGAAACACUGGUACUGAACCGACAAAUUGUCUCCAUAUUGUUAUGUGGCAUCAUAUAACUUAAAAUGAUCUUAAUGUGUUUCGAAUAAACUCGUCAAUCGAAAUCCACUUGGUAAUUUGCUGAGUACGUAACCGAGCGAGCAAUAAAAUUAUACGUGUUCUACGCUUUCAGAAAACAAGGAAAAACAGAGAAAAAAAUGAAAUAUACAAAAGUGUCUGGUUUCUGGACAAAGAUAUGUAAUAACUUCAAAUGUGUAAUAAAGCAAAAGAUACAGCGGU